AUGAGAGAGACGUGGCUGAAUGUAGCUAUGUUCAGGACCCUCCAGAUCACCUUCCAGAAGGUAUCUCAUUCUGUAUACCAGCUGCAGUAUGUGUCCUGGCCAGACAGAGGGGUCCACAGCUAUCCAGACUACAUUUUUGCCAUGGUAGAGGAUCCUGUUACCUCCAGGGAUCUGGCCCCACAUUUAUUGAAGGUCAACUGCUUACUGGGCAGUAAACUCACAGUUGAUGCUCAACUAAUCAUGUGCUGUGGAUUAACAGGUGUCCUGUGUACCAUGGAUUAUGUGAAACAGUUGCUUCUGACCCAGGUAUAAAGAGGGCACAUGCUCCCACCUAACUUCAGCCUCUUAGACCUAGUCCUCCCAGUGUGGUAGCAGCAGCCUGUAGUUGUGCAGACAGGGUAGCAAUAUAGUUUCCUGUAUCAUGCAGUGGCUCAGAUGGUCUUCUCAGAACUCCAAAACUUGAGUCCCCAUCCCCGGAACCUAAAGGCAGUACCAAGGCCCCAUUUCCAUCCACCAACACCCUCAGACCAAGACCCAGAGCACACGUGUUUUACCACCACCAUCAUACCUCCAGCUCCUGGCCUCCUAGGAGCAGGGAUUGACUCACUAUGUCAUCUACCUUUGUCCUCCUACUUGAUCCCUUAUCAGACUAUCCCCUCUUCCACUUACCCCACAGAGCCCACAUUGAUUCCUUUAGGAGCGGGCAGGAAGCCUGUGGUUUGUGCACGAGGCCUCCCUCCCCAACCCUCCCUCCCUGAGCUGUUUCACUUCCUCCCGACCUCCCCUCAAGCAGGAGUAUCUCCCUGCUCCCCAGCCUUCACCAUGGCCGAUACAUAUGCGGUGGUGCAAAAGCGCAAGGCUACUUCAGGCCCCAGGUCAGAGUCUGGGGCAUGCAGCACAGAGGGGGCAUCUCUCUACAGCCAUGUGACUCCGGGCGCCCGCUGGCCUCAGGCACUCACAGAGGAGGGGGCACAGCUGGGCGGUGUUCCUGCUGACCCCAGUCCUACUGGGCCUGGCACAUAUGAGGACGUGGCUGGUGGAUCUCAGACCAGUGGUCUAGGUUUCAACCUUCGCAUUGGAAGGCCUAAAGGGCCCCGGGACCCCCCUGCAGAGUGGAGCCGGGUGUGAAUGCUGAGCCCAGCCUGCCUUUGACCCCACAUGGGUGCCUAGACUGUUGAAGGUUGUGCUCUUUUAGGAAUGGAAACACUGGGCCUGGAUCAAAAUAAAAUUUCACAGAGUGGGAAAUGUA